GGUAAAGGACUCCGGUCCUUGUAAUCGGGACAUUAUGCCAGGCGGCGAGGGGUCCCCCGCUGCCACCGAUCCGAUCAAUUCCGAAAAAGAAAAUUUUUGCACGAAUGAGUGCGCGGUCAGUGACAAUGACAAGGCGUCAAUGACAGUGACGGGCGAUGGCCUCAGAAGAAGAAAAGUCAUACACGCGGCCAAGGAGACCCUAGACAAGGGAAUGCGACGUCGUGAUGAUGUUCCCGAGUGGAGCCAGCGACGAAACCCUAAUGUGGCUUCUGGGUCGUUUACGGGCUGGAACUCCAGGAUUAGUUGUACAUGUGCGACAUCACGCGUCGUCCGACAAUUAUGGAUUUUAUCUAACAGCACCAUUUCCUGUCCUUUUGAAAGCUGCCGAAGAAGUUCACCUGCCAAAGACCUUGCGACAGGAAUUCGGUGGCGGUCUAAAGGAAUUCGUCGGCUCAGAAGCCGCAUGUUUUGAAGGUAGUGACGACGAGACACGUUUCUUCACAACUCAGGAACGACAGUCACUAGUUUUGCACCUUCUGCACACACUGAGGGCUGCUUCCCACGAUCUGCACAGCCUGCCUGGCCUUAAAAUGGUCGACGGCCAGGCGAUCAUUCCAAAAUGCUUAUCCGCAGGCGUGAUAUCACAGGUCUUCCCAUUACACGAGUUACCUGCCUUAGAAAAACUACAAAAGUCAUGGGUUCGGGCAUUUUUGAGCCCGCAGCCCUUGGAUGAGAUUUGCCGAUACUUUGGGGUGAAAAUCACCAUGUACUUUGCAUGGCUAGGACACUACACCACCGCCCUUAUCGUUCCAGCUGCAGUGGGUGUCAUAUACUGGGUCGGCAUCAUCGGUAGGAAUCAAGCGGUGGAGGAUGUAGCCUAUGUCCUAUUUUCUAUUUUUAAUGUUAUUUGGGCAACCGUGUAUUUGGAGACUUGGAAACGCAGAGGUGCAGAAUUAGCCUACAGGUGGGGCACUUUCGAUCAGCGAGAUGAUUUAUUACUUGAGCCAAGACCACUUUUUACGGGGACUCUAGAAAUUUCACCAGUCACAGGAAGGUUGGAACCUACGUAUCCAAGAUGGAGGAGAAACGUGUUUCGAUAUUUUGUAAGCGUUCCAAUCAUCGCCAUUUGCUUAUUCUUCGUAUUCAUCGUCAUGAUUCUCAGCUUUCAAAUUCAGGAUUGGUGGGAUGCACGUUUAGAAACUGCCGGUUAUGGAUUUUGGCUUAGUUAUGUUCCGAAAGUUUUGCUCGCAGUAGUAAUCGCCCUCAUGGACGAGGCAUAUUUCAAAGUCGCUGUUUGGCUGAACGAUUUAGAAAACUAUCGCCUUGACACCGAGUACGAGAAUCAUCUGAUCUACAAGGUCGCACUGUUCCAGUUCGUCAACUCCUUCUUAUCUCUAUUCUACAUCGCAUUUUACCUACAAGAUCAGGAAAGACUCAAAGAGCAAUUGGCUGCUCUCUUGAUUGCGCGACAAGUUAUAGGAAAUUUGAAAGAGUCUGCUGUGCCCUAUUUAAUUGAACAAUUGCGUCUCGCUCGAUUGAGCUUUGAACUUUUCGGAGCCCUAAGUCCUAGCGAAGCUAGGAGACCACCUGGAGAAGCUGAGGUGGAAAAAGAAAAGGAAACUUCCAAAAAAGAAAAUGAGGACGAGAAAAGUGAGAAGGACGAAAAAACUGAAGCCGGAAAAGGGAAACCGAGAAACGUUAGCCAAGCGGAACUGGAGAGCUCUCUCUACAGAGUAGGACACCCCACUAAUUCUCUACUUAGUGAAAUUGCUUUCAAGUACGAUGGUGCAUUUUCUGAACAUUUGGAGAUGCUUUCUCAACUUGGAUACGUGUGUCUCUUUUCUUCCGCCUUCCCAUUGGCAGCAUUUGCUGCUUUGUUGGGAAAUCUGUUGGAACUCAGGGGAGAUGCUUUCAAAUUGUGUUUCGUUCUUCAGCGACCUUUUGGACGUAGGGUAUCAAACAUUGGAACUUGGCAAAAUGCCAUGGAAGCAAUGGGGCUCGUCGCCAUUUUGGUGAACUGUGCACUGAUUAGUCUUAGUGGUCAGGUUCAACGCAUGUUUCCAGAAAUGUCAGCCACCCAAACGAUACUGCUCAUCGUGGCCUUGGAACACAUCAUGUUGGCAAUUAGGUUCAUUAUAAUUUGUGUCAUACCAGACACUCCGCACUGGGUCGCAACCGAAAUGGCCAAAGUCGAGUUUUUAAGAAGAGAAGCAGUCAGAAGACUUUCCGCAACAUCAUCACCUGACCAGCAGCCAGCGACUGUGAUUGGGAGAUUCGUUGUGAGUCCAGCAGACGGAGAAUGCGAAGAGGAAAUAGAACUAGGAUCUGAGAAGACGGAGAAGAUCGCUGCUUGCAGUCGACCGGAAACACCAACUUUGGGGUCUUUCUCCCAGACGUCCAGCAACCCACAGACGCCAAGCACUGUGGCGAUUCAAAGGAUUGCUGAGACGCCACCCCUUGUAACACCUGGAAGUGCUGGAAGUGGGAGCGGUGCUAGCAGUCCUUUUCUUUCUGAUAUCCAUUUGGGAAGCUCUCGGGACCUGCAUAAUUUACCUAGAUGUUCCAUUCCAGGAGGCGAACGAGGAAGACGUCCGAGAGAUUGGUUAACAAGUGAGCCAGAAUCAUCAAGCAGUGGAGAUAAUUUCAGUCAUCAUUUGACAAUUGGACCUCAUGGAGGUGUCGACUGGGUUCGCAGAUUAGCACUCGAAUCGGGUGGAAGAAAAUCUAGCGACUCCGAAAUUAGCGGUGGUGGAACCGGAAGCGGCAGUGGGGACGAAUUAGCAUUGCAUAGAUCUACGGACUGCAUUGUUUCGAAGGAGCUUGCUUCUUCAUCGGACAGUGACCUCCUGAGAUCCGCACCACCCUGGGCGUUGGCGCAUCGAAACCAAAAAUUCCGAUUCUCGCCCGAUAAGGAAAAAGCCAGAGAAAAAUCAGACAAGCAACAACAACAGCAGCAACACCAACAACAGCAUCAACAACAACAACAACACCAACAAAAACAAGAACAUCAUCAACCCCAACAACACUAUCAACAGCCUAAAGAAUCCCACGAACAUCGGCACUCCUUUUACGGCGAAAAAGAGAAAGAUCCAGCAGGUUUAUCCGACUCCACUAGAACAAGUCAAGAAGAAGAAAAACCCUCCAAAGAAGAUAAGGAAGCAAAGAAGACGCGAGUGAAGCAGAGUUUGAUGAAACGAGCUCGAUCUGUAGCAAUAUUCUCCCUGAAAUUAAAAGAAAAGAGAGCCAAGGAUGCUGAAACAAAGGCCAAGGAAGCCGAAAAAGAAGCUAAAUGGCAAAAGCCUCAAUCCCUUGGAGUUGGCGGAGAACUUUCCUGCAUCCCUAUAGAAAAACUUAUAUCUGUAGACGACAUCGAGGCCAUGGAGAUGCGCAGGGUUCAUCAUUAGUCACUCAGCCGCUUUAUUCAUUUUCUCUCAGCUACAUAGAGACGACAGUACAUUGUGAGAUUGUUCACUGAUUGAAAACUGGUUUUCUAAUUUUGCUUUGGAAAACCGAGGGACAAGUUCGAAAAAGAAAAAUGGUGACGACGCACAAAGAUAUCAGGAUGCUGAAAUUCUCUUCAAGGAGUAUUUAAACAGAUUGGGGACUGAGCAAUGCAGAGCCACAAACGAAUCUUUGAUUUAGGUUUCUUCCGGAGGAAACAAAAUUUCAACAGAAUAAUAUUCAAUCCUAAUUUAAAAAGGGGGUUUUAACGACCAAAAAUGCAUAAAAAUCUUAUUUAAAAACAAGAAAUUGGUUGUGGUUCUUUGUUGAAAAAAUCACUAUAGAAGUGGGUCAAAUUCAGUAUCUAGUGUGAACAUGAAAACAAAAAUCGGCAAAAAUAUAUUGGAGCAAUCACAUAGCGAUUUUUCAAUACUCAUCGCUUGCAGACUUCUUUGGAACGUGAUUAAGUCAAUUAAAUGGAUGGCAAUUAAACCAAAAAAGCACGAGGUUCGGGCAGGAAAUGAAAAAAAUGGGAAAUUUUUUUCACUUCCAUCCCCAAAUUUAUGUAAAGCUCUAGUCAGUGUGAUUAAAUGGAUUCCAUCGAGAAGAAACAUUGUUAUUGUUGCUAAAGUAUAAGUUGUUACCACUGUUGAAUAGGUGUUGAUACGACGAAGAGAUUUUGCAAAGUGGUGCCUAGAGUGCGCCCAAAAGUAUAAUAAAUUUUCACACCGAGAAGAGAAGUUGGUGGAAGAUUAUAGUUAAAAAGAUGAAACCAAAAAGGUUUUCGCUUCGACAAUGCCUUGAAACUCCAACGAAACUUUUUCUGAUAUAUAGGUACAAAUAUUGCGAAGUGAAUUUAAGGAUAUAAGUGUUAAGAAAAUCGACUCCUCUUCUCAGUGAACAAGUUGAUUGUGAUACUCUAAAUUGAAAUAUUGAUCUUUAUUAUCGUUUUUGUCAUACUUUUUGUACAAAGGAUUAUGAUGGAAAAUUAAGAACUUUGAUCAAUUCAAUGAAAAUGAAGUAUUAUAAUAUGAGUUAUAAAGAGUUUAUAUAAAAAGAAGCAUUGUCAGGGAACGAAUUGUACAUAGAAAAAUGUCAUAAGAGAAAGUUUGUUGUAACAGCCUAGCGCAAGCAUCCCGUCUUGUCGCUUUUGAAUUACUUUUUCGAUUUAAAAAAGGGAUACGAAAUUUUAAAUGAACAGAAGGAGGGAAAAAAUGUGAAAAAAAGUCGAGUCCACUUUAGAGUUCAUCGCACUAUUCGCAAGAAUCGGUGUUUAGAUAAAUCCAGAAUCGAUAGAUUAGCUGCGCUUUUCGUAAUUCAGGCAAUGACAUGUUCAUUAAGAUGUAUAUGUGUUUGUUAGAUGUUUUGUAUAAAAAGAGUUCAGCCA